AUGAGAGUUGUGCUACUUGCCCUGGCUUUGGCCCUAGUGGCUGGACAACCACAAAACCUUGCCCCUGAGUUUGCUCCCAGCAAGACUUAUGUCUACAAGUAUGAGGCGCUGCUCCUCGGUGGUCUUCCAGAGGAAGGUUUGGCAAAGGCCGGGCUCAAAGUCAGCAGCAAAGUUCUCAUCAGUUCCACAGCUGAAAACAUUUACAUGCUGAAACUUGCAGAACCUGAGCUCUUUGAGUACAGUGGUGUCUGGCCUAAGGAUCCUAUGAUCCCAGCAACCAAGCUCACUACUGCCCUCGCUGCUCAGCUCAUGACGCCCAUCAAGUUUGAGUAUUCCAACGGUGUUGUCGGAAAAAUGUUUGCCCCUGAGGGAAUCUCAACCUUGGUGCUGAACUUGUACAGAGGUAUCCUGAAUGUCCUGCAGCUGAACAUCAAGAAGACACAGAAUGUCUAUGAACUGCAGGAGGCCGGUGCUCAGGGUGUGUGCAAGACUCUCUAUGCCAUCACUGAAGAUGAAAAGGCUGAUCGCAUCCUUCUGACAAAAACCAGAGAUCUGAACCACUGUCAGGAGAAGGUUGUAAAGAACAUGGGGUUGGCCUACACUGAGAAAUGUGUCAAGUGCCAGCAGGACUCAAAGAACCUGAGAGGAGCCACAGCAUACAACUACGUCUUGAAGCCAGUUGCUAACGGCAUCCUGAUCUUGGAAGCAGCAGUCAAUGAACUUAUCCAGUUUUCACCUUUCUCUGAGAUGAACGGAGCUGCUCAGAUGCAGACCAAGCAAUCCCUGGUCUUCAUUGAGAUUCAGAGGGCCCCAAUUGUACCAAUCCAGGCUGAGUAUCUUCACCGUGGAUCUUUGAAGUACGAGUUUUCCACUGAGCUUCUUCAGACACCCAUUCAGCUCAUCAAGAUUGACAAUGCAAAGGCCCAGAUUGUGGAGGUUCUGAAUCACCUGGUUACCCAUAAUGUGGAGAAAGUCCAUGAGGAUGCCCCUCUGAAGUUCUUGGAACUCAUUCAGCUCCUUCGUGCAGCCCACUAUGAAGACUUGGAAAUGCUCUGGAGCCAAUACAGAACCAAGCCAGCAUACAGACAGUGGAUCUUGGAUGCAGUCCCUGCUAUCGGUACUCCUGCUGCCCUGAGAUUCAUCAAGGAGAAAUUUGAGUCUAAUGACCUGACUGCUGUUGAAGUAGCCCAGGCUUUGGUUGCAUCUAUUCACAUGACAACAGCAAACACUGAGGCCAUCCUGCUGAUUCAGACUCUGGCAGUCAGCCACAAAAUCGUGGAAAACCCAAUUCUGCGUGAGAUCGUCUUCCUUGGUUAUGGAACCAUGAUUUCAAAAUACUGCAACGACAUGCCUGUCUGCCCUGUUGAAUUUAUCAGGCCCAUCCAGGACCUCCUCACAGAAGCUGUUGCUAGAGAUGAGACCAAUGAUAUCAUCCUGUUCGUGAAGGUUUUGGGUAAUGCUGGCCAUCCUACUAGCCUUAAACCAAUCACAAAGAUCCUGCCUAUCCACGGCACACCAGCUACAUCUCUGCCCAUGAGGGUCCACGCUGAUGCUAUCAUGGCCCUGAGGAACAUUGCAAAGAAGGAGCCCAGAAUGAUCCAAGAAUUGGCUCUUCAGCUCUACAUGGACAAGGCUCUCCACCCAGAACUUCGUAUGCUUGCAUGCAUUGUGCUUUUUGAGACAAGGCCUGCAAUGGGUCUGGUGACCACUCUUGCCAACAUUGUGAAGUCAGAGCAGAAUCUCCAGGUGGCAAGCUUCACUUACUCUCACAUGAAGUCCCUGACCAGGAGCACUGCUGCUAUCCAUGCCUCAGUUGCUGCUGCUUGCAACGUUGCCAUCAAAAUCUUGAGCCCAAGACUGGACAGGACAAGUAUGCGCUUUAGCAAAGCCAUCCACAUGGACAUCUACAACAGUCCCUUGAUGCUUGGUGCUGCUGCCAGCGCUUUCUACAUCAAUGAUGCUGCAACCAUUCUGCCCAGAUCUGUUGUGGCCAAGUCCACUGCUUACCUUGCUGGAGCUGCUGCUGAUGUUCUGGAGGUUGGAGUAAGGACUGAGGGACUCCAGGAGGCUCUUCUGAAGAACCCUGAACUUAUUGAAAAUGCUGACAGAAUCACCAAGAUGAAGCGUGUCAUCAAGGCUCUUUCCCAGUUGAGGUCUCUUCCUAUCAGCACACCCUUGGCCUCUGUCUACGUCAAAUUCUUUGGACAAGAAAUUGCCUUUGCCAGCAUCGACAAAACCUUGAUUGACCAGGCCAUUGCGAUCGCGACUGGUCCCUCUGUUCAGACCUUGGGUUUGAAUGCUGUCAAAUCUCUGCUGUCCGGUGUUUCCUUCCACUAUGCUAAGCCAAUUCUGGCCACUGAGGUGAGGCAUAUCAUGCCUACUGCUGCUGGUCUUCCAAUGGAGCUGAGUUUGUACACCGCUGCUGUAGCUGCUGCAUCUGUUCAAGUCAGAGCAGCCACAACACCAGCUCUGCCAGAAACCUUCCACCUUGCUCACCUUCUGAAGACAGACAUUCAGCUUGAGACUGAGAUCCAACCAAGCAUUGCUGUGAACACUUUCGCUGUGAUGGGAGUAAACACUGCCAUUGUCCAGGCUGCCCUGCUUUCAAGAGCUAAACUCAACUCUGUUGUUCCCGCCAAAAUUGCUGCAAGACUUGACAUCAGUGAGGGCCACUUCAAGAUUGAAGCUCUGCCUGUUUCUGUGCCUGAGAACUUCACAGCUGUGCAUGUUGAGACUUUGGCCGUGACAAGAAAUAUUGAGGAUCUUGCUGCUGCCAAAUUCACUCCCAUCAUCCCUGCCAGAGUCCUGGAGCCCAUCUCAAGGGAGAUUCUUACAUCUAAGCUUACCUCAUCUGCUGCUUCUAGUUUUGCAACAUCCUCAGAGAUUGUUCACCCUGAUCUGGAAGCUGAGAGAAAGAUUGCAAGUCCCAAAGCACCUCAGCUCAACAAGAAGUACUGUGCCAAAAUCUAUGCCAUUGGACUGGAAGGCUGUAUUAAGGUUGAAAGUUACAAUGCCGCUUUCUUCAAGAACAUUGCUCUCUACAAACUGGCAGGAAAGCACUCUAUUGCUGCUUCUGUAAAACCAAUUGAAGGUGAAGCUAUUGAGAGAGUGGAAAUUGAGAUUAAAGUCGGACCAAGGGCUGCAGAAAUUCUCAUCAAACCUAUCAACCUGGAAGAAGAAAUUGUGGAUGGAACCCCGGUCUUGAUGAAGCUCAAGAAAAUCCUGACUCCUGGUCUGAAGAACGGUAGCCUGUCUUCCUCUAGCUCCAGCAGCUCUCGAUCAAGUGUCAGCUCCAAGUCCUCCUCAAGCUCCUCCUCUCGUUCCACCAGCGUCAGCAGCAGCAGCAGCAGCAGCAGUCGCAGCAGCAGCAGCAGUCGCAGCAGCAAACUCAGCUCCAGAUCUUUGAGCAAGUCCUCCAGGUCCAGCUCUGCAUCAAGCCUUGCCUCUCUCUUCAGCGCUAGCUCAAGCUCCUCUCGUUCCAGCGCUCGUAUCUCAAAGAGGGUGAAUUAUCGCCACAAGUUCCAGAAGAUUCAGUCUCUCAACUCUCAAGUUACAUCCAAGAGCAGAAGCAGCGCUUCAAGCUUUGAGGCCAUCUACCAAAAGAAAAAGUUCCUUGGCGACGAAGUGGCUCCUGUCUUUGCCCUCAUUGUCCGUGCAGUCAAAGUUGACCAGAAGGUGUUGGGAUAUGAAUUGGCUGCCUACCUGGAUAAACCAGCAAGCAGACUUCAGAUUAUUCUGGCUAAUUUGGCUACUGAUAGCAACUGGAAACUCUGUGCCGAUGGAGUUGUGCUCAGCAUGCACAAAGUCACAGCUAAAGUUGCCUGGGGAGCACAAUGCAAGGAGUAUGACACCAUGAUCACAGCUGAGACUGGCCUUCUUGGUCCAAGCCCCGCAGCCCGUGUCAGAGUUGCAUGGAACGAACUUCCAUCUGCCCUUAAACGCUACGCAAAGAAGGUGUACGACUACAUUCCUGAUUACAUGCCUGCUGGUGUUAUCAAAGAAAAGGAUGAAAACAGUGCCAAUCAGCUCUCCCUCACAGUGGUUGCAACAUCAGAAAAGACCCUUGAUUUAAUCUGGAAAACACCAACACGUACUGUCUACAAGCUGGCUCUGCAUCUUCCCCUCGCUCUGCCACUUGAGGAAAUCAAAGGUCUCACCCCCUUCGAUGAGGUUGCCGAUAAGGUCAACUACUUGCUUUCCAAAACUGCUGCAGCCGAAUGUUCCUUUACUAGAGACACACUGACCACAUUCAGCAACAGGAGAUACAAGAAUGAGAUGCCAUUGUCUUGCUACCAAGUUCUGGCUCAGGAUUGCACCGAUGAGCUGAAGUUCAUGGUUCUGCUCAAGAAGGACCACAUUGAACAGAACCAUAUCAAUGUGAAGAUUGCUGACAUCGAUAUUGACCUGUACCCAAAGAACACUGAUGUCAUUGUGAAGGUCAACGGCAUGGAGAUCCCGAUCAACAACCUGCCAUACCAGCAUCCCACAGCUAAAAUCCAGAUCAGGCCAAAGGGUGAGGGCAUCUCUGUGUACGCUCCUAGCCAAGGUCUGCAUGAGGUCUACUUUGACAAGAACUCAUGGAAGGUCAAAGUUGUGGACUGGAUGAAGGGACAAACCUGUGGACUCUGUGGAAAGGCCAAUGGGGAAGUCAGACAAGAGUACAGCACACCUAGCGGACGUCUGACCAAGAGCGCUGUCAGCUUUGCUCAUUCUUGGGUUCUGCCAGCCCAGAGCUGCAGGGACACUUCUGAGUGCCGUAUGAAGCUUGAAUCUGUGCAGCUGGAGAAGCAAGUCAACAUCCAUGGUCAGGAAUCCAAAUGCUACUCUGUUGAGCCUGUUCUGCGCUGCCUGUCUGGAUGCUUCCCAGUGAAGACCACCACUGUCACUGUUGGCUACCACUGUCUGCCUAUCGAUUCUGCCCAGAGUCUGAGCAACAUGUACGAUAACAGUGUGGACCUGAGAGAAACUGCUGAAGCUCACUUAGCCUGCAGCUGUACUGCUCAGUGUGCAUAAUAGCAAUUUAUUCUGUCAGUCACUUACAUCAUGUGUAUGUUUUGAAUGUAAUUUUAAAUAAAGUGCAUCUCAAAAUUAA